CUCCACUUCAGCUGGGGACGCGGGAGAGCCCAGCGGACAGCCUCCUGGCCUUUCCCACACAGACCCCAGCCGGACUCGGGUCGCUUCGGUGGCCCCCACCCCGGGUCUCCAAGACUUCGUGUUUUCCGACUCUGGGUGUUGCUAUACAAGGAACCCCGGAACUGCAACCUCCAGACGCAGCUCGGGCAGUCCCAGCGCUGGCCCCAGCAUGUCAAUGCAGUAUGAAAAAUUCCAGCACUCGGAGAGGGAGAAGCAGAGCCAGGGGUCUAGAAAUGGGCUGCCUUCUCCUCUGCACCACCUGCAGCGGCUCUGCUCUGGCCCCCGGCCCUUUCUGCUCUCCCUGGCCGUCAGCCUCCUCCUGCUGGUUGGCAUCUGCGUCAUCACAUCCCAGAAUUCCAAGUUUCAGGGGGACCUGGUGACCCUGAGGGCCUCCUUCAGCAACUUCACUUCAAACACCAGGGCUGAGCUCCAGGCACUGAACUCCCAGGGUGGCAGUUUGCAAGAAACAGUAACGUCUCUGAAGGCGGAGGUGGAAAAUCACAAGCGGGAGUUGCAAGCAGCCCGCAGCCUGAACGACAAGGUGUUGUCUCUGGAGAGCAAGCUGGAGAAGGAGCAGCAGGAGCUGAAAGCAGGUCAUUCCGACACCCUCCUUCGAGUCCAGCAGCUGGCCAAAGACCUGAAAUCCCUGACCUGCCAGGUGGCCACUCUCCAAAGCAAUGUUUCUCAAAGCACCUGCUGCCCCGUCAACUGGCUGGAGUUCGAGGGCAGCUGUUACUGGUUCUCGCGCUCGGGGAAGACCUGGCCGGACGCCGAGAAGCACUGCCGGCUGGAGAACGCGCACCUGGUGGUCAUCACCUCCAGGGAGGAGCAGAAUUUUGUGCAGCAACAUACAGGCUCUUCACACGCUUGGAUGGGCCUCAGUGAUCCCGAAGGAGUCUGGAAAUGGGUGGAUGGGACGGACUACGAGACCAACUUCAAGAACUGGAAACCAGGCCAGCCGGACGACUGGCACGGGCAUGGGCUGGGUGGGGGCGAGGACUGCGCCCAUUUACACCCCGACGGUGGCUGGAAUGAUGACGUCUGCCAGAGACCCUACCGCUGGGUGUGCGAGGCCCCCUUGGGCAUGGCCGGCUAGCGCGGUCACCGGGCGCUGCCCACGGGCCACUCAGCCACCAACCUGCAGGGAGCGGGAGGGGGCCUUCCCCCGAGACCCCUGACCGGACCCCAUGGGAGAAGACUGAGCCCCGGGAGGUUGGGCCGCUGCCACCAUUUUGAAUGUUUCCCUCCUUGGCGUUAAAAGACCGUCUAGACUUC